UCAUUUCCCCUUGUUUUAGGCAAUACACUCGCACAUAGCUAAGUAUUGAUUAUUUUUGUUCCCCAUAGCCAAGCAACGCAGAAAAGGUGUAUUUUGAACCUCUCUUGUUCUUACAAAUCCUGAUUAGGCAACUUGGAAAAGUUUUCUGUGCGUUUUCUGAGAUGGAUAUAAAAUCAUCUACUGAGACCUUUCCGUUUUAAGGUGAUGUACUUUACAGAUCUUUGAAAAGUUCAAAAACAAAAGGAUGGAGAGAUCCAGGUUUCAAUGUGUCAUCCGUCUUCCACUCUCCUGUUUCCUGUGGAAUAUGGUGCCCAGGCUCUUGUGUAUUUUCAGUGCCAAUACACUGGAUACGUCUGCCUUCAGAAUUCAACGUGUGGAACGUGCAGAUAAUUGCCAUGAUCACACCAUGCAUUUCAGGCCUACUUUCGUACUGGCAGGAGAACCAACGGUCCUCAAAUGUCCUCCUUUGAUAUACAAACAUAUGGAUGUUUUUGACUGGCCCUUUAAUGUCACCUGGAACAAAAAUGGUUCAACAACAAUUAUCCCUGCUGGAUACAGAGAAACAAGAAUUCUGUCGGAAGAUGGUGCUCUCUGGUUUUUACCAGCUUCUGUUGAGGACUCUGGAGUGUAUAUCUGUACUCAAAGGAAUUCCUCUUACUGUGCUGAUGUGUCUGUUUACCUAACAGUUUUUGAGAAAAGUGCUGCCCAAGAUAUGUCCUAUAUCCAGAAGGCCUUCACAUUUAGUUCUGGAAAGGUUGUUUGUCCUGUCUUGGAAGAUUUCAUUGAAAAGAAUACAAAUUAUGAACUCAGAUGGUACAAGGAUUCAGCACCUUUGGAUAUUGAUAAUAAAAAGUUUGUCGUUCUGAAGGGCAUAAAUUAUCUCAUCAUAAAUUCUGUGUCACUGAAUGAUUCAGGCUACUAUACUUGUCAAAUGGCCUUUGAGCAUGGAACAGCACAAUAUAACAUCACCAGGACCAUUCACCUAGAAACACUUGGCCAAAAGAAGAAAAGCAGUCCCGUGAUUGUCUAUCCAAACCAAAAGAUUACAUUAGCAGCUCUCGGUUCUCGUCUGACGAUUAUAUGUAAAGUCUUUGUUGGAGAAAGCAGCCAUUUUUAUACUGAUGUCUGGUGGCUAGCCAACAAGAGUUACCUUGGGAUAACUUAUCAAAAUGGCAGAGUUACAGAAGGAGAACGUCAGGAACUUGUAGAAAAUGAUGAAAAUUACAUUGAGGUGGCACUGAUUUUUGACCCUGUGGAAGAAGCUGAUUUCAAUACAGAUUUCACAUGUGUUGCCCACAACAGUAUCGGGCACGAAGUGCGUGCAGCGCAAGUCAAGCAGGAAGAGCAUGAUUUGUCUUGGUACUUGGCGCUAAUUCCUAUGGCUGUAGCUGUACUCAUUGUGGGAGGACUGUGUAUGCAUAAAUGCUGGAAGCAAAGAUCUGCAAGAGGAUAUAUUGCAACCAAAUCCUAAAGAACAAAACAUUUUUAGCAUAAAAAAUAAUCACUAAUCUGUUUAAGCAUAUUAAGAAACCUAGAAAUGACCCAAGACAUUUUGUUGCCUGAGGCAAAAAAUCCAGAUGUAAUUUCCUGUGAUGGCAAAAAAUAUAAUAAAUCAAUGACAUCUUGUUGCCGCUUGUUAAACUAUUAGAGCGGUAUUCAACUAAAUCUUUCCAAUAGCAGAAUGAUUUCCACUUGCGCAGUGGGACUUCCUCCUUCUGUGUGUGCCCCAUGUCAUCCCCAAAUCGGAUCUGGAGAGUUGGAGGAACCCUCAGAACAGAUUUAGGGAGGUGCAGGGGGAGGAGAGAGGGAGAACGACCUGUUGCACAGGAGAAACCCUCACACUGAUGGAAGCUUUGUCUUAGUGCUGUGUUGAAUACAAUCUUUAAUGUGGAAUGAAUAAAAAGGCAGUGUGAUCCAAAGAGUUGCUUGUGCUAGCCCUAUUAGAAUUGGUUUUUUCUUUGAACAGCUGAUUCUAUCCCAUAUCACAAACUGCUUUAAUCUCCUUCAGUUCCAAAAGCUGUUAACCAUGCAGCAUUGGAAACUCUUGUCUAAACAAGUCUAAAAUCCUACUGAAUUCAUAAAAUAAGUUUCUCAGAUAUUUGGAUGCCUUUAAAAAGUGUUUAAUAUGUUCUACUAGAUUGAAAUGUAUGGAUUAAAUAAAUAAGGGAUAUGAAGCGUCCGGAUCCCAGAGAUUGUUUGCAACACAUGUAUUUUUAAUCUUUGUAAGUUCUGAGAAUAGUAGCUGCACCCUAUGGACAAAGAUAAAAUCUGUGUUGCAAUGCUUGCUUUUGCUUAAAGGAAGGAAGAAGCCAGUCUUUUUUCAGUGCCAAGUACUGAUGUCAUAGUAACCACAAAUUGGCUGCUUUUCCACAAACCCCUCCAUAUUUGUGCAGUGAUCUUUGUCUGAAUUGCUUCAUUUUCAAAUGACUCUGCAUUAGUGGAGGAGAAGGCAUAAGUAACUAUAAUUCAGUUCAAAGGUAACUCUGUUUUGUUUUUGCUUUUGCUCAAAGACUGAUAGCUAGAGAAUGAAAGACAACUGUCAUGGUAUAUGAUUUGUCCUUGGGUGGGGAAAAGGAAGGGAAAAAUAAUAUUGUAAUUACAGAUCAAAGUUUAUGCUCCAGAAAGUAUUUGGCUUAUUAUUACCUUCCUUCCAGACAAUGACGUUUAUCACCAAUAUAACAAUACUUUUUGUUGGAAUCUCCACAUCUUCGUGAAUCUUGUCUGUGUCAAGUCAACCACAAUGUCUUUGAACAGUAAAUUCUGGAUGUAACUGUGUUUUUAGAUUCUGUAGCCUUUUCCUUGGCAAAAGAUAAAACAUAAAUUAAGAGUUUUGUUUUAUCUUACACA